CGCCGGAGAGGAAAAUGUGACACGCUCGUCCCCGGCUCCAGCGCCUCGGGGUCGGGCGCCGGGAGGCGCGGCGUCCGGAGAAGGUCCAUCCCGCCUCCCGCCGCCUCGGGACGCCAGGUGCUGACCCCGCGGACCUGCCAUGAAACCACACUUGAAGCAAUGGAGACAAGGAACGCUCUGCGGGAUAUUCGCUUGGGGUCUCCUCUUCCUGGUGGUCUUCCUGUACUUCACCGACAGCAACCCUGCCCAGCCCGCGCCCAGCUCCUUCUCCUUCCUGGAGACCAGGAGGCUGCUGCCGGCGCAGGGAAGGCAGCGGGCCAUCAUGGGCGCAUCGGAGGGCCUGCCCGAGGGCACGGACGCUCGCAGGGGGCUGCCCCGCACACACCCGCAUGGCCCGCUGCCCGCGGCGCCGGGCGACCUGCGGGCGUGGGCCCCAGACGGCUUUGAAAAUGAAGACGACUUCCUUUCGCCCCAGACGGGGAGAACAUCGCAAAGCGCUUUCCCCCCGGAGGACGCCGCUCCGGGCACGUCGGGGGGCCCGGAGGGGGCUCGGUCGGCGCGCCGGGCCCGGGGGCGGCGGGCGAAGCGAGGGGCCCGGAGGCAGAGCCGGAGCGCGGCGCCCGGGGUGGGCGAGGACGGGGAGCGGCUGUACGCGUCCGCGUCCCGGGCGCUCCUGCGCCGGCUCUGGAAGGGCGACGCGUCGGCGCGGAUGCUGCACCCGCGCCUGCAGAAGGCCAUGGGCGCCUACCUGCGCGCCAACAAGCACGGCGUGCGCUUCCGGGGGCGCCGGGCGGCCGGGCGGAGCCGCGCGGAGCUGCUGUGCGCCCUGCGGGGCCGCGUGCGGCUGCGCACCCUGGACGGCAGCGAGCCGCCCUUCUCGGCGCUCGGCUGGCGCGCGCUGGUCCCCGCCGUGCCGCUCGGCCGGCUGCUCCCGCGCGGGCUCCGGACCUGCGCCGUGGUCACGUCGGCCGGCGCCAUCCUCAACUCGUCCCUGGGCGAAGAGAUAGAUUCCCAUGAUGCAGUUUUGAGAUUUAACUCUGCUCCUACACGUGGCUACGAGAAGGAUGUUGGAAAUAAAACCACCGUCCGCAUCAUUAAUUCCCAGAUUCUGACCAACCCCAGGCAUCACUUCAUUGACAGUUCGUUGUAUAAAGAUGUCAUCUUGGUGGCCUGGGACCCAGCUCCUUAUUCUGCAAAUCUUCACCUGUGGUACAAGAAGCCAGAUUACAACCUGUUCACUCCAUAUGUUCAGCACCGUCAGAGAAACCCAGACCAACCGUUUUACAUCCUUCACCCCAAGUUCAUCUGGCAGCUUUGGGACAUCAUCCAGGAGAACACGAAGGAGAAGAUCCAGCCGAACCCGCCGUCCUCGGGCUUCCUUGGCAUCCUGCUCAUGAUGAGCUUAUGCGGCGAGGUGCACGUGUACGAGUACAUCCCGUCCGUGCGGCAGACGGACCUGUGCCACUACCACGAGCCCUACUACGACGCGGCCUGCACGCUGGGCGCCUACCACCCGCUGCUCUACGAGAAGCUGCUGGUGCAGCGGCUCAACACGGGCGCCCAGGGCGACCUGCACCGCAAGGGCAAGGUCGUGCUGCCCGGGCUGCGGGCCGUGCGCUGCCCGCCGGGAGCCUGAGGGGCUGGCCGGGCUCCGAGUCCCGGAGAUGCUGGAAGGUGCCCUGGAGGUGGCGCGGCCUUCGGUCGCCAGCUGUGACUUCGUGGUGGCCACGGGGCUCCUUCCCUUUCUAAGCCAUUGAGUAUUAACGACUGCUUUGAAUAUAGAAAUGGAACUCAAAGAAAUAAACUAGAAAGUUGCAAAAAACUUUUGUAAAGAAUAGCUAGAAAAAAAGCAAAUGUAUAACAAGUGGGUAAAUAGCUCCAGAAUGCUAGUCUUCUCUUUCCUAGGGCUGGUUUCAGCAGCAGGUGUCAGGGAUACACCUGAUGGAUGACACAGUUUGUACCUGGGAGCACCCAUGCUGAGGGACAGUACAUGUCCCAUCGACUGUGCCACUUGUACAUGCACUUGUCAUGAAAGAGCCUAGAGUUGAUGACGAACGUCUGCAUUAGCGCCCAGGCAUGUUUACACUAACAGCGGAAGCCGCGGGUAUAUCCUUCGAGGGGUUUCUAGCCCUCGGCAUCCCCAUCUCUGCUCCCAGCUGCCACCGAAGGCUUUGCUCUUUGUGUAUCAGACACAUUUCUAAAACCAUAAAGCCUUCCUCCUGAGCAGUCCAAGAAAAAGCCAACCCGGAAGAGCAGCACAGGGGAAGCACUUUGUUUUCCUGCAAUAUUUCCUUACUUGACUAGCAACGCCCCCAGGCGGACAGGAACAUCCCUGGCAGGUGAAUGCAAAACCGGGGGCUGCAGGGUAGCCCAGGGCAGGACGGCCCCGGGCCGCAGCUUUCCUGGCCUCCUGACCCGCCAGCCCUCCCCACAGCCUUCGUAACCACAGGCGCUGACGAUUAGGACACCCCGGGGAUGUGGGCGGUGGCGUCCAGCCUCUCGCUUUACCCUGGGCUUCUGGGGAUGCACACCUGUCUCUCUCACGCUUUUUUCUUGCAGGUUAAUAUCAGCUAUUGGGAUCCUGACGGUGAUACACUGAUUUUUCACUGAUUCUUCCUACAGACAGAUGUUUAGGAAGCCCACCCUUGUUUUCCCAGACCUGUUUUAUGUCAGCAACAUAACAAAGCCAUGUAAUUAAAUACAGUUGUGUGAAAGCAUCGCUCUUUAACAAACAGGAAAAUAAGUAUGAAUAUGUGCUUCAGAGGGAGAGGCAGCGAAAGAUUGUCAUCCCAGCGUGUUAGCUGUAUCAGUUGGUUUUGUUGUAAUCUCAACUUUUGUCACUGAUACAUCAAAAAAAAAUUUUUUUUUUUUUGGCUGUAAAUGUAGUGAAAC